AUGGCAAGUGUAUGCACCAAGAGUCCUUUUCCAGUGCAUGUGCACCCGUUCAAGGUUCCCGGCCAAAGCACGUGCGCAUAUGAAAUGGGAGAGCCGUCCUCUCGGAAUGCCCUCAUCUUCAUCGGCGGCCUUGGGGAUGGACCUCAUACUACGCCGUACAUCAGAACAGUGGCGAGGCAUCUGCAAUCCGAAGCUUCCAAGGCGCUGUGCUACUCAGUCUUCGAGAUUCGCCUGCGAAGUUCAUUCAUUGGUUUUGGCACUCGCAGCUUGAAGGAAGACGUCGAGGACAUCUCCGCUUUUGUCAAGUACCUCCGUGGCAUUGGCAAAGAGAAGAUUGUCCUCUUUGGCCACUCCACAGGCUGCCAGGAUUGCAUGGAGUAUGCGGACUACACUACGCACCAAAACAUUCCAGUAGACGGGUUUAUCCUCCAGGCACCAGUCUCGGAUCGAGAGUCCAUCGAGAAUGCGUGCUCGGAUUAUCAUGCCAGCCUUGAUGUUGCCAAAAAAUGGAUAGCCGAGGGCAGAGGAAAUGACUGCCUUCCAUCAACCGACAAGGUUGUCUGCUUGCUAGGAGCUCCAAUCUCCGCAUACAGACUGCAUUCGUUGGGCGACGACGACUAUUUCUCCUCAGACCUUGAUGACGAGACAGUCUCGCGCUUUUGGAAACGGUUCACGAAGCCAGUGCUGGUGCUGCACUCGGAAAAGGACGAGUAUGUCCCGGCGCGUAUUAGCCAGGUCAUGCUGAACAACAGAUAUCGCGAAGCAGGCCCUUCCGUGAGCCAGCUGUCUGGCUUGAUUCCGGAUACCGGCCAUACCGUCAAGAGGGAGAAGGCCCGAAAUUGGCUCGCCGAGAGAGUCGUGGCGUUUCUCCAGACCUUGAACGGCGAACAAAGAAAGGAGGGAGGGACUGGCAGUUUCAAGGCCCAUGGCGCCGUUGACGAAAUGGAUGACCUGGCUCUCCAUUAUGCUGGCUGA